CUCUGCCUCGCCGCCCACCACUCUGCUUUGAGUUCCCUUCUUGUGUGUCGUGUGCCUUUCUUCGGUGAUCAAAACGCAAAACGUUCUUCUUGCACACCACAUUGCGAAACCACAUAUUCCCGUUGUGUCAAAUUUUCACUCAACAACUGGCGACCGGCAAACCCUUCCGGAUCUCAACCACCCUCCGAAUCUUUACUUCUCCCAUACCCAGACAGAAUCCGUAGCCACGCGCCGCGGUGAAAGUCUUUUCGCCAUGGGUCAAACGCUUUCGGAGCCUGUCGUUGACAAGGACUCUUCCCGAGGCGAGGAUGAUCGCAUGCUCUAUGGCGUGUCGGCGAUGCAGGGAUGGCGUAUCAGCAUGGAGGAUGCCCACUGCACUGUGCUUGACCUCUUGACCCCCAAAGACGACGAUUCCAAGGCACACCCCUCGAGACUGUCCUUCUUUGGCGUCUUUGAUGGCCACGGAGGCUCCAAGGUUGCCGAAUUCACCGGCGAGCACAUCUACAACAUCCUCUUGAAGCAAGACACGUUCAAGGCAGGCAACUACGAACAAGCCCUGAAGGACUGCUUUCUCGCGACCGACCGCGCAAUAUUGAGUGAUCCCAAGUACGAAGAUGAGGUGUCCGGCUGCACCGCCUGUGUGGGCUUGAUCACUGGCGAUAAGAUAUACAUUGCAAAUGCUGGUGACUCUCGGAGUGUCUUGGGCGUCAAGGGACGUGCCAAACCGCUUUCAUUCGACCAUAAGCCCCAGAACGAAGGUGAAAAAGCGCGUAUCACCGCUGCGGGCGGGUUCGUUGACUUUGGCCGGGUCAACGGCAACCUCGCCCUGUCGCGCGCCAUUGGAGACUUUGAAUUCAAGAAGAGCGCCGAACUUGCGCCCGAGCAACAAAUUGUCACGGCCUACCCUGAUGUUGUCGUACAUGAGCUGAGUGAAGAUGACGAGUUCUUGGUGCUUGCAUGUGAUGGCAUCUGGGAUUGCCAGUCCUCCCAGGCCGUCGUCGAAUUCGUCCGGAGAGGUAUUGCCGCAAAGCAAGACCUGGAGAAGAUCUGCGAGAACAUGAUGGACAACUGCCUGGCUUCGAAUUCCGAGACGGGUGGCGUUGGCUGUGACAACAUGACCAUGAUGGUGGUUGGAUUCCUUCGAGGAAAGUCCAAGGAAGCAUGGUAUGAUGAGGUUGCCAGCCGUGUGGCCAAAGGCGACGGCCCCUGUGCCCCUCCGGAAUAUGCUGAAUUUAGGGGACCCGGCGUUCAUCACAACUUCGACGAUAGCGAUAGCGGCUAUGACGUCGACAUGGAAAACAAGUCUAAACCUUUCGGAGUCGGUGGGUACAAGGGGCGAAUUAUCUUUCUUGGCGAUGGCACUGAGGUCUUGACAGACUCAGACGAUGCGGAGAUGUUUGACAACGCCGAGGAGGACAAGGACCUAGCCAGCCAGGUUUCCAAGAAGUCGUCAACCGAACAGGGCGACGACAGCAUUGACCCCCCGCCCCGGGCGCCUUCGCCCCCAUCCCGCGAGAAGAAGGCAGCUGGGUCGACAGAGACGAAAACAGCGCCAAGCACACAAGAUACCCCGACGAAGGAAGAAGCCAAGGCGGAAGUAAAGGCAGAGACUAACAAUGAGUCGAAAGACUAAGAGACGGGUUCAUGUUGAUUGGUUUGGGCAUGGUAUCCGCACCCACUGGAUUCUUGAACAUUUUGGCCAUGUUCCUUCCGAAUCAGUUGAAUCACCUUUCACGUUCUUGAAGAACGACUACUUGAGCAGAAAGGUCAUGGUCAUUA